GAGAACAGAGUGAAAUUAUCUGCGCAGGCGCAUUGCUUUGGCGGAAGCAGUAUGUGCAGCAGGCGGAAGCUGUGACGUCCUUUCUGCUCCGGGACUGCCAUCAUGGUGUUCAAGCGCUUCGUUGAGAUCGGCCGUGUCGCCUACGUCUCUUUUGGACCCCAUGCUGGCAAGCUGGUGGCCAUCGUAGAUGUUAUUGACCAGAACAGGGCUCUCAUUGAUGGUCCCUGCACAGGCGUGAAGAGGCAAUCUAUGCCCUUCAAGUGCAUGCAGCUCACAGACUUUGUCAUCAAGGUUCCACACAGUGCCCGCCAGAAGUUCGUGAGGAAAGCCUGGGAAAAAGCCCAAGUCAAUGAGAAGUGGGAACAAACCAGCUGGGCCAAAAAGAUUGAAGCCAGAAAGAAGAGGGCCAACAUGUCUGACUUUGACCGCUAUAAGGUGAUGAAGGCCAAGAGAAUGAGGAACAAAAUCAUCAAGCAUGAGGUGAAGAAGAUCCAGAAAGAGGCAGCAAAGAAGUGAAUUCUCCAAACAAAAUAAAUUUCUUGUUGACUUGUUA